ACGACGCGUUGCGUUGUCGUUUUGUUCGUCUUCUCACGUUUCAUUUACAUUACACCUCAACGCCCCCACCACACCGCAACCACGCCAGUUCGUUCUCUUCCACUACUCUCCCAUUUUCCAUAAAUUCACUCUCCUCCCAUGCUUCAUCGCAAUCUCCACAAUCUAAGCGUGACUGCAACCAGCCUGAUUUCCCAAGUUUGGACUUUGGAGAUUGCUUAACUAUGGUGGAGCAAUCAUUCAUGGAGAUAUCCGAUAUGAAUUCGAAUCAAUCUCGCAAGCGACGGCGAAAAAUCGACCACAGUUCCGCAGCUUCAUCUCCAGCGGACUUCCGCACUCGCUGGAAAACCGAAACCGAGCAACAGAUCUAUUCGUCGAAGCUCGUCGACGAGUUGCGCCGCCUCCGCCGCCCUGAUUCCCCCUCCGCCGCCGUCCGCGUCGUUCGCGACGCAGCCGAUCGAGUGCUCGCCGCCUCUGCCAAAGGUAGAACUCGCUGGAGCCGCGCGAUUCUGGCGGGUCGGCUGAGUGCGAGGCUCGCGCAAAUCAAUAAGCGACAUAAGAAAGCCACGAGAACGACAGCCGGCUUGAAAAGGCCGGCCGCCGGCGAGAAGAAACUGCCGCCUCUGCAGCGGAAAGUGCGAGUACUUAGCCGGUUGGUCCCCGGCUGCCGGAAAUUGCCGCUGCCGAACCUUCUAGAAGAAACGACGGAUUACAUUGCGGCCCUCGAAAUGCAAGUCAAAGCCAUGACGUUUAUCACGGGACUCCUAAACGGCGCCGUUUCCAGCGGUUGAUCGACCUCCUGAUCGGUCGCCUUUUUUUAUUUUUUAUUUUUUCUUUCACUAUUUUUUUAUUUGUUAAAUACUACUACUUGUUUUGUGUGAAUAAUUGAGAAUGAAUUAACCAAAUUACAUUCCGUGA